UGCAGGACAUACAGAUCGUCACUGCUUUUAGCCCUGGGAGACCCCGACAGGCUUGUGGGAAUGAGCCCCCUCUCCUGCUUGCCUCUCAGGGGUCCUGGCUUAGGGGGAUGCUGGCUCUAAGGUGAGCAAAGUUGGCAGCUGAGGGCGGUGCCUAGGUGAGCUGGGAGUCAAGGUGACAAAGAGAAAGAUGGUUGAGGAACCCCUGUGGGAUCAUCUCAGCUUUGGGAAGCCCUGGGCUUGGAGCCGUGAUAUCAUGUCCACAGUCUCCUCCCAGGGUCUCAGGGCAGUGAAGGCCUUGAUGUGAGGGUCCUGCUUCGGGUCAACAUAGGGACAUCCCCGGACCUGCCAGGGCUCAAGAUGAGGGCCUUGAGGGAGGACACAGGUAACCCCACAGGUCCUGGCACCUGCUGUCAGCCCUGGGAGAGCCUGGUGGCGGCAUGAGCACAGGGUCGCAGAGACACUGGAGACUUGAUAUAAGGGAGGGGCCUCAGAGGGUGAAGGGGAGGAUCUUAGGUUCUGAAAGAGUCUGGGUGAGGACCCUGAGGGAGGUCUGUGGGGACCCUGGCCCUGGGAUAGGUUGAGCCCAGCAUGCGUGGUCUCACUUCCUGAUAUCCGGGUCUCAGCCUGGGGUCCUGAAAUAAGGGGCCGACUUGCUGACAUCCGGGUCUCAGACUGGGGGCUUCGCAUAUGGGGCGGAGACCCAGGUGGGCCAAUUCCCAGGUCCUGUGGUGUGUCAAGUUGAGGACGCUGAGGGAGGAAUAGGGUAUCGUGGACCACAAUCAGAGGAGACCUCAGAGUAGCCCGUCUCUGUUAUCAGUCCGGGGUGUCCGUGGGAUAGAAUGAGCGAAAGAGGCGUGGCCUGACUUCCUGACAUCCGGUUCUUGGAGAGGCGGGCCCUGGUAUAAGGGGCCGGGGCUUCAGUUGGGGAGACGCGAGAAUCCCAGGUCCUGACUGGACGCAAGGGGCUCCAGGAACCAGGAGGAGAAGACUGAGGUCUGAGGUCUGUGUUCUGAGGUCACAGGAGUACCAGGAGUCAAGCUGAGGGGACUGACCACCAAGGAGGAGCGCCCCUGUAACGCCCAAGAGCAGCCCUCAAGGAAGACCGGUCAGUGGUCUCCAUUUUCCCCCUGCCACACCCGCACUGGGCACAAGACCCCAGUCAUCAUGCCUGUGGUCCCAACAAAUGAGCUCUGCACUUCUGAGGAAGACCUUCAGGGCCAAAUCCAGGCCGAGGGCCCAGUGGAGGCGCAGCUCCUGGGGGCUGAGGCGGAGGAUGCCUCAACCCCUCUGGCCUCCUUGCCUCCAGUCUCAUCUUCCUCUGCCGCUGCAGAUGCGGAGACCUUGCUUAUGCAGGCUCUGAAUAGGAUGACGACUCAACUACUGGAGUUCCUGCUCCUCAAGUAUGGCACCAAGGAGCCGAUUUUCCAGGCUGAAAUGCUGAAUAUGGUCCUCAGGGAUAACCAGGCCCACUUCCCAGUGGUCUUCCGUAAAGCCACACAGUACAUGCAGCUGGCCUUUGGCCUGGAUAUGAAAGAGGUAGACCACAGAGAGCACAUCUAUGUCAUGGUCCCCACCCUGGGCCUCACCCUCAAUGAGAUGCAGAGGGAUGAGCAGAGCAUACCAAACGCUGGCCUCCUGGUGAUGGUCCUGAGUCUGAUUUUCCUAGCAGGGGACCAGCUCAGUGAGGAGAAGGUCUGGGGAGUGCUCAGCAAGAUGGGGGUAUUUCCUGGGGUAGAACACUGCAUCUUUGGGGAGCCCAAGGAGCUGCUGACCCAAGUGUGGGUGCGGGUGGGAUACCUGCAGUACCGGCAGGUGCCUUACAGCCACCCUGCUCGUUAUGAGUUCCUGUGGGGUCCCCGGGCCUAUGCAGAGACCAGCAAGCAGAAAGUCAAGGACUUUCUGCGCAAGAUCAAAGGAAGGGGUCCCAGGUUCUUCCCACCCCGGUUUGCAGAGGUGUGAGGGAAGAGGAAGAGGGGCCCUGAGCCAGAGCAGCAGCCAGGCUCCUUUCAGGCCCACAUCCAGCAGCUUGUCCUGGGGGUAGGAAGGGAGGCUGAUCCUUCCCCCUGUGUUUGAAGAGGGAGCAUUCAGCCUUCUCAGUCGUGACGGCUGGGAGAGUUGGGGGAACUGUUGUGUAGCAUCUUUGGCUUCCUGUUCUCUAUAGUAACAUGGAGAUCCGCUUCUGUUUCCUUUAGAAAUUUUUCAAAUGUUAUUCCUUUUAAUAGAAGGCCUAAUGAGCUUCAGUGGCCAGCUAUGUCAGUAACGUUGAUCACAGUGUGUUUGUGCUCACCAGUUCAAGAACAAGAGUUUUGCUGUUUUGUAAAAGUGAUUGUGAACCCUUUAUUUUGUCACUCUGAACAAGAUUACAUGGACUUGGAAUGUAACUAUUUUGGAAAUAUGAUAUUACUUAGUAAGAAUUAAGAAAUAAAAUGUAUUUGAGGUGA